UCAUGGCAUAAUUAGGAGAAGAAUUCAAAGGCAAAGUUGAUGAAUCUCAUAAGGGUGAAAAGGAUUCAAAGGAAUAGUCUGGCUCUUAGUAGGAGGACAAGAACAUCUAAUAAAAUGAAGAAAAGCCUAGAAACUAAACUUAACCUUUAACACUUUUUAGCGGUUUGAAUUCUGGAUAGAAUUUGUUUAAUAAUAGUGGAAUAAGUUUAAAACCAGGUUAGCUAUUUACAGGAAACAUCUUGAAUUCAUCAGCCUAACCAUCAUCAGAAAUAUUUUCAUCAUUGUUUAAUAAUAAUUCCAAUUUAGAAAUUAAAUCUGUAAAACCUUAGCCUGAAAUCAGUUAACAAGCAUCUAAAGAGAGUGAUGGAAGUGAUGAUGAUGGUAAAUAUUUUAAUUAUUUUAUUAUUAGGAUAAGAUGAGGAUAAUGAAGAUUAAUAAUACUUAUAAAUUGAAUAAAAGUAUGAUUAUACACCAAAUACAGAAUAGAUUACCAAGGUAAAAAUUAUUAAUUAUUUUAUAAAGUAAGAUAUUGAGAAGUUUAGAAAGAAUACUAAUGAAAUUCUUGAGAAAGGAAUUGUCACAAUUGAAAAAGCAAAUAAUGGAGAAUGUUAUUUCUUUGUUUAUAGGUAUAAUAUAAAAUUAAGAAAAGAAAUGAAAAAUAAGAAGUCCAUUAUGCAGGUUAAUUGGUUAAAGGACUUUCAGUUACUAAGCCUUUAGGGUAGAAAUAGGAAAAUCUUCUUCUUAAAGCAAUAAGCAAAAAAUAAAAGGAGGACUAAAAUGAAUAAUAAGAAGUUGCUGAAAACAAGUAGUUUACAAUAGACACACUUAAAUUGAUGUUCACAAAUAAAGAAGGAGCUGAAGCAUUUAAGACAGAAUUAUCAAAGGCAUUGUAAUGAAAAUAUGU